CGCCGUCGCGGUGACGUCACCGCGCACAGACUGUGAUGGCGGAUGUUACAGAGAUAGAUACAAUGAAGCACUAUCACGGCGGUUUCGAGAAAAUCGACAAAGAAAUGUGCCGUUAUCCGCACUGCAUCGUCUGGACCCCCAUCCCGGUUCUGACGUGGUUCCUGCCCUUCAUUGGUCACAUGGGCAUCUGCACAUCCACCGGUGUGAUCAGGGACUUCGCAGGGCCUUAUUUCGUAUCAGAGGACAACAUGGCGUUUGGAAAACCAACAAAGUACUGGAAGCUGGAUAAGAAUAAAGUGUACGGCGGCGGAGCGAACGCCUGGGAUUUAGCCGUGCAUGAGGCAUCCGAGGAGUACAAAAACAGAAUGCACAAUCUGUGUUGUGAUAACUGUCACUCUCAUGUGGCCAUGGCUCUGAACCUCAUGCGCUAUGAUAACAGCUCCUCCUGGAACAUGGUCAACCUCUGCCUGCUGUCCUUCAUCCACAGCAAACACAUCAGCUUUGUGGGGUUCCUGAAGACCUGGCUGCCUUUCCUGAUGAUUUGUGGGGUCAUCGUGACCAUCGCCCUCGCGCUCAACCUGCGAUGAUGACCGAGAGAGCUGCUGUGUACACCUCAGGAUCACCACGAGCAGCUGAAAUACAGAGACCUCUGUGCAUCUGGAGACACGAGACCUUGGGAAGUCAAUUACAGGGACUCUUCCAUCACAUAAGCUUUAGCGUUUGAUAUAUUUGUAAUAUAAUCAUACCACGUAUACGUGGAUGGGGCUGAAUGAAUGAAACAUGGCAGCAGUUUCCUGUCAAAAUGAUGAGAAUGAGUAUGUUUUCAUCAGUUGUUUUAAAUGAUCCUGAAUGUUCUCAGGCGUAGAUUGUUCUGCAUUAAUGGAGUCUGUACAUUUUUCUUAAUUCCAGUUUCAUUCCUUUUGAUUUUUUAAUGUUUACGUCUUCAUUCAUUUAUAUUGUAUGACCAAAUACAACAGUAUAUCCGUAA